CGAAAGUCGGAAGUUGUGUUUUGGGGGGGGUCUGUCUGGGUGGUGCCUGAUAUUUUUGGCCUGAGGGAAGUUUAUCGGGUUUGAUGCUCAUUUGAUGAGCUGAUAUUUCUUCUCCGCAGGAAGAAAUGUCGGGAGAGAGUGUGGUGAGCUCUGUGGUGCCAGCAGCUACAACACGCACCACCUCCUUCAAAUGUGCCAGCACCAGUUCCAAGUAUGUGAAACUAAAUGUUGGAGGUGCGCUGUACUACACUACAAUGCAGACUCUCACCAAGCAGGAUACGAUGCUCAAAGCAAUGUUCAGUGGGAGGAUGGAGGUACUCACAGACAGUGAAGGUUGGAUUCUUAUUGAUCGCUGUGGGAAACACUUUGGGACAAUAUUAAAUUACCUGCGGGAUGGUGCUGUCCCUCUUCCAGAGACCAGAAGGGAAAUAGAGGAGCUACUUGCAGAAGCCAAGUACUAUCUGGUACAAGGGUUGGCAGAUGAGUGUCAGGCCUCUCUUCAGAAUAAAGAUGUUUACGAACCUUUCUGCAAAGUUCCUGUCAUCACUUCUCCCAAAGAGGAGCAAAAGCUCAUUGCUACUUCAAAUAAGCCAGCAGUGAAGCUACUUUACAAUAGGAGCAAUAACAAGUAUUCUUACACCAGUAACUCUGAUGACAACAUGCUGAAAAAUAUUGAACUGUUUGACAAGCUUUCACUGCGGUUUAAUGGUCGUGUACUUUUCAUCAAAGAUGUGAUUGGGGAUGAGAUCUGCUGCUGGUCUUUCUAUGGCCAGGGGCGCAAAAUUGCAGAAGUUUGCUGCACCUCCAUUGUAUAUGCAACAGAAAAGAAACAAACUAAGGUGGAGUUCCCCGAAGCCAGAAUCUAUGAAGAAACACUGAACAUCCUUCUGUAUGAAGCUCAGGAUGGGCGAGGACCAGAUAAUGCUUUGCUGGAAGCCACAGGUGGGGCCGCAGGUCGGUCACACCACUUAGAGGAUGACGAUGAACGUGAUCGAAUUGAAAGAGUAAGACGGAUCCAUAUCAAAAGACCAGAUGACCGAACUCAUCUUCACCAAUAAAACUCAGCUAUUUUUGUUAAUUUGCCGUCCACAAGAGAUUUUACACCUCUAUUUGAGCACGUCCCAAAUGGGAAGAAGCAUAGUAUAACGGUUAAGGUGGUAAUCUUUUUAAACCAUGCUUGUGUGGCUAAUUUUUUGACCACCUUACACUUUCCAGUUACUUUUAAGGGACACCAAGCUGAAUUUGUUUUUUGUCAGCAUAAGGACUUUCUUAUUAAUUCCUCCUAGUUCCAACUAAUUGAUGGUCCUGUAUUUUUUUAUUUAUAUAUACAUUUAUGCCAACACUUACUGGAGCUAACAUGGGAACACUUAAGUGACAGAAGACAAAGCAGAUUCCGAAUAGAGAUGCUUUGUUGCCUUAAAUGCAUUGUUUGAUAUGGUAUGUUGUGUUAGAAGCACCCCAUUUUACAUUUUUGUGUGCACAGGAGACCAUUUGAUAAUUAAUUGGAUAUCAACCCUUUCACUCUCGGUGGGACUAGCUCUACCAGCUGUCUUACUUUAUAGGGUUAUUUAAGGAAAUGUUGAUUUUGUAUGCCAGGAUCACAUCCACAACAAUUUCAUCAAAAGGGCCUUAAGUUUUUGGCCUGGUAAUAAAUAUUUUUACUUUAAACUAGCAAUACUCCAUGAAGUGCUUGAGGUUUUAUGGUAUGUGUGUGUGUGUGUGCGUUUUUAUGUUUUGGUUUUUUUAUGCAUUUCUUUCUAAAAGUAUUACACAAAUAUUUAUAUUUUACCUUUUCUCUCCAAUAAACAUGGUUCUGGACUCUCA